AUGUGCACUCCUUACGUGUGUGCUUGCGUGUUUGCAUGUCGGAGCCUGCCGCGUCUGACGAAGCUUUUGCGCCUCUUUGUUUGCCCCGUCGCAGGUGCCAGUGGGUUGCGUCGCCGAGGCCGCCAGACCUACACCCGCUACCAGACCUUGGAGCUGGAGAAAGAGUUCCACACCAACCACUACCUGACGCGGCGGCGGAGGAUUGAGAUGGCGCACGCUCUGUGCCUCACCGAGCGCCAGAUCAAGAUCUGGUUCCAGAACCGCCGCAUGAAGCUCAAGAAGGAGAUCCAGGCCAUCAAGGAGCUCAACGAGCAGGAACGCCAGGCACAGGCAGCCAAGGCUCAGCAGGCGGCGGCCGCGCAGGCUUCGAGCGACGCCGGCAAAACGUAAGAUCCGACCGGUCUCAUCUCCUCUCCGGGCCGCUCCUGGAGGCAAGGACAAACCCCUUUGUAGACAGGCGGCUCCGUACUACUACUACUACACCAACUACUACUACUACACUACGCUCCCACCGCGGCGACAGCUUGGGCAAACGCGCUCCUCGCGAAAAAGCCCCGAUCGCCUUUUCCUUUCCACUGGUUCUCCACAUACGUAUUACUAUAAGCGCGUACACGCAAUGAGCCGCCCGGGCCAGCAACGCGCAGACCUAUUUCACGCCGCACGGUAAAUUAAUUGCGUGCGUGUUCGAGUGUGCGUCCGUGCUUGCUGUGCCGGGCACGGGUAUUUCUCUCGACUCUCGGAAAUGGCGGUGACGUGGCACGUGCCCUCCUUUUUCUUUUAUUUCAUUUCGUCGCGAGUCGUUGUCCACCAUUUUAAAAGGCGCGUUCGUCGGAUGCCGCACGUCCCCCUGAAAGAACAAGCUUCGGGGGAAAACGAAAAAAAAAAAGUUAUGGAAGUGCUGCCAUCGCAUCGAGGCAGUUUGGACUUUCGUUCGCAUUUUUUUUUCUGCCCUGUCGUACCAUAUUUUUUUUUUCUUUAACUAUGAUGGUGCGCGUUAGGUCUGAUGCGUCCAACCACGAACGACACUGAUUGGGCUCGGUGUUGACCCGAGACUGAUGACGCUUCUGGCAUCGACGAAGGGCGAUCCCUGCUUCUUCUGAACUACGAAAGCACACUUGCCCUCGCAAGACUGUCCACGAACUCGUCCGCGACAUUGUGUGUACGCGGAACAGUCUCGCCUGUGUGGAAGAACACUUGUGCAACCACGCCAAGACAUCCUCCCCAGUUUUAUUGUUUUUUUUAUCCUACAACUUAGUUUCAUGCGACGUGCUUUUUUUUUUCCUUUGUCGACGUGCACCUGCAUGGUUGCGUGUGUGUGUUUGUGUG